AUGAGUGAAUAUGUCAGUGAAACCGUUACAGGUGCCGUAAAGGACUCUGUUAACGAUGUAAUUAGAGAAACCCUACCUUUAAUUUCCACCACAAGAGAUUCCAUCUUCGCUUCCAUGUCCGAUGACGUCUUAGCAUUAAUCUCCCCAGUCAUUAGUUAUUGGACCUUCUCUGGUAUGUUUUUCAUUUUGGAUCAUAUGAAAUCUGCCCAAAGAUUUAAAAUUCAUAGCUUAGAGGAAGCUGAAAAGAGAAAUAGAGCAACAAAGACUCAUGUCUUAACUCAUGUCUUAUUUCAACAUAUGUUGCAAACUGCCUUCGGUUAUUUAUUAAUCGUCACCAUGGAUUCCACAGGAACUCAUCAUAUCUCUCAAAGACCUUUCUAUAUCGCUUAUGCUAUUUCCUUCAUCAAAUUAGCCAUCGCCUUCUUAAUCAUUGAUACUUGGCAAUAUUGGUUACAUCGUUUAAUGCAUUACGAUAAGAGACUUUAUAAAAAUUUACACUCUGUUCAUCAUGAAUUAUAUGUCCCAUAUGCUUUCGGUGCUUUAUUUAAUUCUCCAUUAGAAGGUUUCUUAUUAGACACUUUAGGAACUGGGAUUGCCAUGUUAAUAACUAACUUAUCUGCAAGAGAACAAAUCAUCCUUUACAAUUUCGCUACCAUGAAAACUGUGGAUGAUCAUUGUGGAUACGUCUUACCUUGGGAUCCAUUCCAAGUUCUUUUCAAAAAUAAUUCCAUUUAUCAUGAUAUCCAUCAUCAACCAUUCGGUUUGAAAUAUAAUUUCGCUCAACCUUUCUUCAUCUUUUGGGAUAAUUUAUUAGAUUCUAAUUUUAAAGAUUUCAAUAUUCAAGAUCCAAAUAUUCAAAUCCCUGAUAAUGAAAAAUCUUUCUUGAAAAAUAAAUUGGAUAUUAAUAAAUAUCAUUAUUUCUUAAAGAAUAGAAAAUCUUUGAAAAAUAAAUCAAAGGAAGAAAUUGAAAUUGAACAAGAAAUUGAAUCUGCUAACUCAAAGAAAGCAAAUUGA